UAGCUCCUCACCUACAACGGCGAUUAGUAGUACUUUUUGUGCAAGGUCUCUCCAAGCAAGUGUUCCUCCUGCCACUAUUACUACUACUGUCACCACUGAAACAACUACUACUUUUACUGCUUGUCGCUAAAAUACAACGACGGUCGACUCAGAUCUAAUGGCACGACAACACACUCACACACAGCCAAUUCGUCUGUCUUCCCACAGUGACUUACUUAGUAAGUUAGUUAGUUAGUUUGUUUGUUACUCACUUACGGAGGAACUCGCUCUCACUCUUCCUCUCGCAAACCAAAGUAGUCACUUGGGUGUCGCGAGCCGAAAUUUUUCGGCAAUUCUGCCCAUACCGUUCAUUCGUUCGUUCAUUCGUUCGUGUGUUCGUUCUGUCGGUUCGCUGUCUUGACACUCAGAGGCCAAAGUGCCGUAAUUGAAAGUGCUGACCAGUCGCAUCCAUCGCACUGUUUGUGCAGACAUCGUCGAAUCACUUCCAGUGCUGGUCUAUUAAUCCCGAGGCCAUCAUUACAACCAACAUCCAACAUCCCCAUCAACUCAUCUUUCCCGCACCACCAACCUGAUAUGGUCAUUGCACGUACACGAAAAACUGGCACACAGGCAGGCGACUCCCAAGUGAUGUGUGAGUCUCUGAAUGGAUAAUUGAACGAUCCAAGGAGUGUGCCACUUGAUUGGAAGGACAAGGUGAUCUCUUUACCUUUACCUUUUGAAUUCAUCAUCAUCCUGAAUGGUUCAUCAUUCCACGAGCCAACCACCGAUCCAUCUGUUCGAGAUCUAAAUUUCGACUACAAUACGCAUAUCUACCCAGCCAUUGUUUCUUCUCCCCGUUGUGGGAAAAGAGAACAUUGAUCGGUGCUGCCCUCUGCCAUCCAAGGCUGACUUCUGGAAAACAGCAGAUUUGUUGCUUUGGAAAAAGGUUUUACCAUUUUCUCUUUCUCUCGCCGUCGCCACUAAUGGAAAGUCGGUUCCAAUUGAGUGGUAGUGAGUGGCACCUGAUCCAAAGACAGGGAAUGGGUUCUGAAUGUAGCCAUUUGAAGGCUUGUUCCAUGUUCCAAAUUCCCGCCAUUCACGUGCACACUCACGAGGCGAAUUAGCCGGGACUGACCAGGACUCCAGUUUUUGGCCCCAUUUCAAGACGUUCGUUGUUCCCGAGCAACAUUCCAAAUUUCACAGGCUAGCCAGCCACGCCAACAACACUCCUGAUGACGACACGGCCUCAAACUCUUGGAGCUGUGUGAUCGAGUAAAGCUUUGAAAGGCUGAUAUUGAUUAGGGAGCAACUUUACACUGACGGCAGUAGCUAUGGGGGAACAUGAUGACCCUUAAAAACUUGGGCAUGAUGGCCUUUGUUGAAAACGAUUUCAGGAUCACUUGCCUUCAAGACCCAAGCGCUACUUGUCAGCUCUGCCAUGUGGAAGGCCGGCCUUCAUUCUAGCCUUCGUGCCCACGCCUCUAAUGAGGGCCAAUAGUUUGGUCGUCAGAUGUACUGCAUAGCCCAUUUCUUCCCAUCCUCGAAACGGCGGUGACAACAACGACCCAAGGGUGUGAGGAAUCUUUCCCUUUCUCUGUGAACUAAUCUCCCCAAAAGUUUGCCGAUAGCAUUGCGCUCUUGGGAAUUGAAGUAACUGAUGAAUUAAAAAACUGGGAACCCAAGAUCGGUUUUCAAUCUCCCUCUUGAGGAUCGGUCAUUUUGAAUAAUCCAGUUGAUGUCUUAACUCAAAUUGGUACGUACUAGAAGGAGUUUCCAUUCCUCGCUGUUGUCUGUUGCAUGUACUCCUCGGAAAUCGGCAAAUCCUCACAACGAGCGAACAAGACGACACAAGACAAAACAGCCAUGUAAUCCUGAUCCGUGCCAUCUGGAUGUGAGAGGCAGAUUAUGUUUGUGUUGUUGCAUGUCUUGCAAGAGGCUCUACAAAGGUUAAACAAACAAAAAGGGAUCCAGCCAGCUUCUCUCUCGUCCUCAUCCUCAACGAUAGCAAUACCACCCUCGCCUCUUUCUUCCACGCCAAUGUUAUCUUCAUUGUCGAACAACAUGUCAUCCUCGGGGACGUUGGUCCCCGUGCGAGGAAGUGAUGGGAGCAUGAGUGAUCAGGCCUAUCGGCGAGACUCCCUUCGGAGCAAUGGCAGUGCGGGUGAAGGGCUCCGAUUUGAGGUCGGAGGAUCCGAGGGUGGAUCCCAUGCCACUACUCGUAGCAAGCGAAGGCACCGAAGUGAUGUGUCUCCGGUCGAUUUUCAAGAUCGAAGGAACUUAAGGCAGCAUUGGAUCACGUCGGCGCCCAAGGGCAGCCUCGAGAUCCGAAGUCCGGCCAAGGACUUGGCCAUGCAACAGAACCGUUUUCGGCCCACCCUACGCGAAAGGCCGCAGAACGCUAGUGACUCUAAACUGUCUUGUGAAUCGCCCUCGAAGACGAUUGUGAAUGCCACCAAAGACUCGUUGACCAGUGGGGAGGAUAAGUCCGGGGGUGAAGAUGGGAACCCAGAGGGAACCCUGCCCAGAACCUUGUCCACUUCCGUGCUCAGGAUUAAGCAUCGAAGGACCUUCUGGGAAAAAGUGAUUGGUGAUGAUGUCAGCACCAGCACUCACCACCUCCACUUGGCUGCACCUUCAGCUGGCGCACCUUCAAGCGCCUCUGUGGCUGCAGCGGUUGCCGCCACUGCAGCCGCAACGGGUGGCAGCACUCUCAGUUCCCAGGAGCAGUACCAUUUGGUGAUAGGAUCAUCGGGAACUCCGGGACCGAAUUGGCCAGAACUAGCACCUCCAAGCACCACCACCAUCACUUCACUGAUGCCCCAACGGUCCUACAGUCCCAAUUUGAAAUGGUACCGCCGGAGUACUAGCUCGGAGGACCGAAAAUUGCAGUUGAUCGUUGGACAUGGAGAGGAUUUGAUUGUGACACCGUUUGCCCAAAUUCUGGCUAGCCUCCGAACUGUGCGUAAUAACUACGUGCAAAUUAACAAUGUCUCGCUCCAAAAGUCUCGGACGGGUUCUUCCAAUGGACCAAUUCUCCCGUCUGCGUCUUCAACGCCAGUCAAAAUGGACGCUGAUGAAUCUCACGUUCGAAUGGCCAUUGAGACCCUGGAGGAAUUGGAUUGGUGUUUGGAUCAAUUGGAAACGAUUCAAACUCACCGCUCGGUCUCGGAUAUGGCUUCUAGCAAGUUCAAGCGUAUGCUCAACAAAGAGCUCAGUCAUUUUUCGGAAUCAAAAUCUGGCAAUCAAAUCUCGGAAUAUAUUUGCAAUACUUUUCUGGAUAAACAACAAGAAUGUGACAUCUUGAUUCAGCCCCCCGUGAUCCCGCCACCCCAAUUCCAAUCCUCCACGCCGGGGGGUGUCCCUUCUUCCCACGGCAAGCCCAGAGCCACGCCCAGUGUCACGCCCAGUGUCACGCCCGCCUCGGGCACCAGCGAUGGCUCGUGCACGUCACCCAUUCUCAUGAACAAGAUCCCGGGUGUGACGGACAGCCUCAAAGCUCCCAAAGCGUUGCCGGACGAUUCAGCCAAAUAUGGUGUCAAAUGCCCAGAAUCUCCUGAACUGGAUGAGAUUAUGAUGACCGUUCCAUCUUGGGGGCCAGAUUUGUUCCGUUUGAAGGAGUUGACCGAUAAUCGACCCCUAACAGCAGUCACCUACACGAUUUUCAGGGAUCGGGAUCUGCUCCGAAUAUUCCAAAUAUCUCCCCAAACGCUUGUCUCAUUUGUCAUGACCCUCGAGGAUCACUAUCAAAAAACGGUUCCUUAUCACAACAAUGUCCAUGCCGCUGACGUCACUCAGUCCAUAAAUGUUUUGCUCAACUCACCAAAUCUGGAGGCCGUGUUCACCCCCCUGGAACUGAUGGCAGCAAUAUUUUCAGCGGCCAUCCAUGAUGUAGACCAUCCAGGUCUAACCAACCAAUAUCUUAUCAAUACCAGUUCGGAAUUGGCUCUCAUGUAUAAUGACGAGUCAGUCCUGGAAAACCAUCAUCUGGCUGUGGCAUUCAAGCUAGUUCAGAAUCCAGAUUUUGACAUAUUUGUCAAUCUCACCAAGAAACAGCGACAGACGGUUCGGAAAAUGGUCAUUGAUAUGGUGUUGGCCACGGAUAUGUCCAAGCACAUGAGUCUUUUAGCCGAUCUGAAGACUAUGGUGGAGACCAAAAAAGUGGCCGGAUCAGGUGUCCUCCUACUGGAUAACUAUGUCGACCGAAUCCAGGUCCUUCAGAAUAUGGUUCACUGCGCGGACUUAUCCAACCCAACCAAGCCACUUCCUAUCUAUCGCCAUUGGGUGGAUCUCAUCACCGACGAGUUCUUCAGACAAGGCGAUCUUGAGCGCGGACAAGGACUAGACAUCAGUCCCAUGUGUGAUAAAUUUAAUGCCACCGUGGAAAAGUCUCAGGUGGGAUUUAUUGACUAUAUCGUGCACCCGUUGUGGGAAACUUGGGCCGACCUGGUCUAUCCUGAUGCCGUGGACAUUUUAGCCAACCUUGAGAACAACAGAGAUUGGUACUUCAAUCAAAUCCCCCUAAGUCCUGGCCAAUCAAAGGAGGAUUUGGAUCGCGACGAAUCAGAGAGUGACUCCGGGGACUCGGAGACUGGAGCACACUAUCAGGACGCCGAAUGCCAGCCAUUGCAACAAGUUUAGAGAUCGAUUCCCGAGGAUUAUCUUGGCAGAACAACCCACCAAGGACGCCCUAUCAAAGGCUCUUUGGAUGGAAAGCUCCAACUUCAAGCGCCAACCUCAAGAGCCAUCUCGUGACAAAUACAGAAAGCACAAACAAAGGAAGUGAGUGGGGAACCAAUGUGGAUUCUUGGCACCAGCGAUGAGCGGUGUUGUUGUUGUCCAUGAUGAUCAAGACGAGAUAAAAGCAAUGCAAUCUUGCAGGGAUUAGAUUGAAAUCCUGCGGAUAUUGGGAGUAAGAAUACUGAUUACUUUCUCAACAUAUCCUCCCCCCUAAACACCCAUCAUACAAUAGACCAGCCAAUGGAUGAGAAAUGAUUGCAGGAAGUGUUCUUCCAACCUCGUGAUGAAGGCGCUUAAUGACUUUACUGAAAAUUCAGGUCUUCCACCAUGAAGAACAACUCAAUGUGUUUUUGUGCCAAAAUUGCCCAGCCAGAAAUUCCAACAGUGUCAAUCCACAUAUCAUCAUCCUCAUCCUCAAGACAUGCCAUAGUCAUCAAUUCAACACAUUUUUUACCGCAAGAUUCAUCUCGAGACAAGAUGUGGUGAAAGUGACUUCGAGUUUUCAUUUCAGUACGAAUGUGAUAAAUUUAGGAAAAUAUGGGAUGAUCUAGGAGGCCGUUCUAAAAAAGAGAAACUUUGAAUACCAACAACCACUAUGACAAGUCAUGAGGAACACCCAUAUACAUACACACAAAUUGAUGUCUAUAUAGCAUAUUUUAGAGCAUAAUAUCAGGUAUCCUAAUAACAACAGUAAACCGACCUAAAUAAAUCGUGAACACAAAUGAAAUAUAAAAGCUGUAGAAAAAAAACCGAAA